AUGUCUCGCCAAAUUGACAGGCUGCCUCAGCCAGCUAACCAGAAGCAGAUGAAGGUGGUUAUCGCCAGCUGUAGCAGAUCGGGUACCUUGGGCCUCCUCGCCGCCAUGAGAAUACUAGGAUUCAGUCCGUACCACAUGACCGAGGCUUGUUUCAGUGGUCCAGUACAUAUGAAGAUUCUAGAAGAAGCCGUCAUUGCGCAGCAUAAUCGUUUCUCGGGUAUCAAGCGAUACGAGAGGGCCGAGUUCGACAAGUGGCUGAGCGAUUAUGACUGCUUCAUUGAACUUCCCAGCUAUUUAGGCGCACAAGCCCUCGAAGUGUAUGCUGAAGACCCAGACGUCAAGUUCAUCCUAACAUAUCGUGACCCGGACAAAUGGGUGACAUCAAUGAACAACACCGUCGCCAAUGUAGUCAGAAUGGCAACUGCCUUUCCCAUGAAUGUCUUGAAACAUUUUGAUAUCAUCCUCAAACGCUUUCUCCGUCUAAAUCAAAUCAUGUGGUGGGCUAUAUCUGACGGGACAAACCCCGGUGACCCGGACAACGAGGCCAGGCUUCGUAGGAACUAUGUCGAAUAUAUCAAAUUUGCAAAAAACACGCUCCCGAAGGACAGGACAUUGUUGAUUAAACUGGAGGAGGGUCUUGGCUGGGAGCAAAUCUGUCCAUUUUUGGACCUGCCAAUUCCCGAUGAGAAAUAUCCGCGCGGAAAUGAGCCAGAGAAAUUUCGAAUGCUGUUAGAACAGCACUUGAAGCCCAGAAUUCAACUAGCUGUAUUGAAGGUUGGAGCGCUGGCUGUGACUGCCUUUGGAAUAGUAGGCUAUGUUGGGUGGAGCAGAUAG